CGACCCCACCCCCACCACGACGACCCCCCUCUGCCUCUCUCCGCCGCAGCAGGCGAGGAGGGACUCCGCGUGCUUUGCUGCCGCCGUCUGCGCAAGUCGCCGCGCGAGACGGGCUGUGUGUGGGGGGGGGCCCCGAGCCCGGAACGUCGCAAAUGCCGGCGAGCGUGCAGUUCCCGCCGCUGAGAAGCGCGGACGACUUCCUCACGGGCUCCGCUCGCUUCGCGCUGCCCGACGCGGGCAACUGGGCCAAGUGGAGGUCUCGGGUCGUGCGGAACCUCCAAUACUACCAGAGCAACUACUUCCUCAUGGUGGUUGUUGUCUUCCUCGUCGUGGGGUGCCUGCAGCCGGUGAGGAUGGUGGCGGGCGCGCUGGCGGUGGGGUCGGCCUGUGGGGGGCUGGCCUGGGCACGCCGGCACGGGGAGGCGGUGCGGCUCGCGCAGCGUCACAGCCCGGGCGGCGUCGCCGUGGCGCUCGCCCUCUGCAGCCUGGUGCUCUGCCACCUCGUGGGCGGCCUCCUCUUCUUCCUCAGCGGCAUCGCACUGCCCGUGCUGCUGGUGAUCCUGCACGCGUCGCUCCGCUUGCGCAACAUCAAGAACAAGGUGAGCAACCAAAUGGAGCUGCUCGGAGUGAAGAGGACCCCCAUGGGACUGCUGCUGGAGGCCCUGGGCCAGAACCUGGAUCCGCAGGCCGACGACACGACUGAGGCAGAGCAGCGGUACCCCAAGUCCCGCUGAGCGACGUGGCCGUUGAUCAACUAGGGGGGGGGGGGGGGUGAGCAACUUUUAGGGCAAUCGUCGCCGGCAACGAGUUCCAGCACGAGCGACCGUGGCGACUUUGGGGGCGACGGAGUUUCUGUCUCGCGCCGAUCGGAGAGCGGCGUUUUUUGAGUUAACAGUAAUUCAUUUAGAGAUGAGAGAUAGCAAUCUGUUGCUGAAGUGCAUCUGCUGAAAAAAUAGGCUCAGAGGCAUUCGGGGGAUGGCUAUAGUACGAGUCACUAAUUGGUCAGGGGACAUGAAAUUGGUAAUUCGGCAAUUCCUUCAUGCAGUCCACUGACUGGCAUUCGCUCAGUCAGUCGCUCAGCCACUGCGAUACAUUGCAAUGUAAUCUUUGCCUCUCGGGGAAAAAAAGUCUUCAGUCGUCAGAAGGCAUCUCUCUCGUCCAUCCACAUGCACCGACUUGGAGCCGCCAUUUCUCAAGAUGAAAAGAGAUUUCUUGGCGGUCAGUCACGUGAGCUCCGUCCGCUAUCCGAUUGGAUCUGCCCCAAGGGGGGACAGCCACAAUCACAUUUGUUCAGGUUUUGGGCAACUAUAUUUUUACAACAGGAACCAUGCUGCAGCAACCAUUGCUGGUGACGAUUGCCCCCCCCCCCCCACCUAGAAUGAAUUUCCCCCUGUGAAAUCACGGAUUCCGGCGGACGGGGGGGGGAGGGGGGGUGCUGGUAAUUGGGAGCGGUCCGUGUACGUGUCGCCGAGUUUAUUUUGAAUUAACCAGGUGAAAACUCAAGAGGCCAAUGAUAGGCGGUCUCAUUUUCAAGGUUGAACCCGGCUCGCCGCGAGUGACAAAAACAAAAGUGCUGCGGAGUAGAAGUCGGAUGAGCAGCCGUGCCACGCGAGGAGCACAUUGCGCUAAUACAAGAUGAUGUAUUAAAGAUGUCAAGAUAAUAAGACAUUCACCGUCGCGUUAGCCGGCUCGGGCAGGUGAUGUUGAGACUGGUCGCAGUACAAUUUGCAAAUUGAGCAUUGGAAAAACAUUAAAUGAAUACAGGGUAACUGCUAAUACUGUAACUCUAUGUAUAAUCCUGGGGGCAGUGGCUGAGGGGGGGGGGUGGGGGCAAAUGUGAACGAGGGGUCCCUCUACUGGCGAUGCGAGUGCCAACGCCCGGACGUGCAGCGUCACCACGCACUGGGGUCAGCCAGAUGUCAGGCUCACAAUAUUCAGGUCAUGGUUGCUUCCAAACUCCGCCCCAGGUGUUUUUCCUGCCUCGUUUUGUGAUGACACGCGUAGGGUGGAUUAACGACCUCGAUAUGCAGCGACUCGCGUAUGGACGCGUAGGAUCGCUCGCACAGAAAACACUGGAGACACACGGACGUACGUAGAGACACGUAGGCUCGCACGAGAGAGAGUCGGACUCGCUUCGAGAUCCAUAGACUCACACAGGGACGUAUAGACUCUCAGGAGACCCAUAGACUGACAUAAGGACCCUAUAAGGCACUGCAAUGUGCUUGCAGUAUAUUUAUCAUCAGUGCAUAAGAGACCCAUAGACUCGCAUAGAGACCCCACUGAGGAUCUGGAAUGCCAUCACCACACCGGUGCAGUGAUGGCGGUGCUGCAUUGGUGCGGCACCAUCAUCACCGCACCGGUGCGGCGCCACCACCACACGGUGCCUUUACGUUCAAACUACCAAUGAGUCCACCUGCACGCAUCGUCACCCACGACUGGAAACCCCGAGGGUUAGUAUCAGUCGCUCACCGUGUCCGGGACCCACGCACCACACCGAUCGUGAAGGGUUAGAGACCCUCCCCCCCCACUCACGUGCCCCAGAUCCCCACCCCCCCCAUUGGUCGAGGGAUACGUUGAUGAAAAAACCACCAGAGUCCGCUGUUGCCUUAUGUGCGCUUCCCCGUGGAUCGUGCGUCCGAGGAAUGCGUCCUCGGCAAUGUCGAGUAAGAAAAACAAAACCCCCGGGCCCGCUUGCAACGUUCUGUGCUGCAGGCAUGUGCCCAUGUCGAGGCAUGCGGCGGCGGCGGCGGCGGCGUCUAAGCGGAGCUGCCUUGCCACUGUUUGUUCGCACGCGAAUGUUCCCGUACGGGAAACGCUCAAAAUGCUUCCCUGUCUAUUACCACCGUGUGCCCGUCACACUUCUCACCGUAACGUCCCUUCAAAGUUCCCUCUCUGGCCUCUAGAAGUAUACCAGUAUUUUUUUUUAAUCUAUUUACGCUCGUUUACCCCAUGGGCAGUCUCACCGAGCCUCAAGACUCCUCUUUCAUGAGAGUAGUGCGUGGAGACCGACUUUGCUAUUGUGCGUAAUCCCAAUCGAGUGAUUUUUCAGAUAAUCUCAUCAGGUGUUUAGCCAAUACCAGUUACAUUGGGGUCCUUUGUUGCCAGGUUUGUUUUGUUUUUUAGCUACGGGAGGAAAUUGGAGAUGUCCCGGAGGGAAAACCCCACGCAGGGGCAGGGGAAAGACGUAAAAAUAAAAAUAAAACUUCACACAGAACGGGAGCCAGAUUAGGGAAUCAAACCCAGAGCCCCGUCCUUGCUGCGAGGUGGUCACCACUGCCGCCCCGCCGCUGCCGCUGCCGCCCCGCGUGCGACCGCGUCUGCCCUCACCACCAUAAACGUCACUUCAGCUCCCUGCAGAAUUCUCGCCGUCAUCGGCUGCUGUUAUGACGACGCAAAAAAGAAAACUCUCCCGAUGGGUGCUCUCUCGCAUUCGGACGCACUUAGCGGUGGUCCACGUCAAGCAACCUUGGCCAGUCCCAUUGCUUGAACGAGGCACUCCCCUUGAAGCAACGUCACGCUGCGGGGUCCUUAUUUUGACCAUACCUCACCACGCUGGCCGGUCAGUGCGGAGUCGUUGAUUUGCGGGGGAGCGUAGACGGGGGGGGGGGGGGGAGUGGAAGGUACAGCGGUGCCAACGAUGGAUUCUGCUGCCCCUGCACUGUGCUGCCAAACCACGUAGCCCCCUCCCACCGCACAGCCUAUAACACCUUUUGUGGUCGAUGCUUUAUAAUCGCAGACUGCAUGACACCCAUUGGGUUGUGUUAUGUCCGAAGUGCGAUACGCGAGCAGAGCCCCCUUUGUUUCACCUCAUCCAGUUACAUCGGCUCGCAACGAAGUUCUCCCGCCGGUUAAACUGUUCCUCGCAGUUGGCAAACAGCGGGGGGCCAUUUACAGAGCAUUGAGUCGACGUGAAGACAUUGCCGAUGAGUUUUAAAUCAAUUUGGAAGAUGUAGGUGUUGAUGGGAAGGGGUAGAAGCAGUAGCGCAGUGGUUAGGGCACUUCGACUGUGAACCCGGCAGGCCUGAGUUCGACUCCCGACCGUGGUGAACAUCAGUGGCUGAUGAUGUCUGAGCCGCUCCUCGGACAACCCCCUCCCACUUCACCAACCCACACUUGACCAGCGUGGUGAAGUAUGGUCAAACAACCUCCAUGGCUGAUACGGUGUGGGUAGACUGUCUAUCAGUGUAUUGACACAAAGCUGCGUAUUAUUAUUACUACAAGUAGUGUAGCUAAACACUGGUUGAGUAUUUACAGUAAUAUUCAUUGUGAAUGGGUGAGAUUUGUCAGCUGAUUGGAAUUGGUCCAAGCACUGGUUUUAAAGUUAUUUGUUAAAGAACCUCAGUCACGGAAAGCUUGGUUUUUAGUGGAAUAUUCACAGCGGUUGGCUUUCAAAUGAUCUCUUGCAGUAGAUAUUGCUACGUGGUUUGUAGUAUUUUUGCCUCUGCCGUAUAUUUUCGUAGGGAACGCUAAUAAAACAUCUGCACAGCACUGUGUAAAAUCUGUGACAAUUAAACUUGUAACGAUUUGCCGCCCUGCAUUUCAAUGAAUUGUCGCGAUCCGGGAAUCGCAGUUUGGGUUUGAGAAUAUAUGCAAGGUGUUAUUUUUACGUCGUCAUUAGUGGUAGCUCAUCGCUCAAAACAGAUUACGACCAAUGUGAAUUUCAAACUAAUCGAUUCGCGCGCACACGAUUUCAUGUGCGGGUACUAUGAACUUAAGAACCGAUGUCAAUCGAUGAAUUGUGGCAUUGUGGUCUCAGAAAUCCGACAAUCUGGCCGCGAUAUAAAAAUCUUGGGACGAUCAGAAAAUAUUUUGGGUUGAUCUGAAAAACCGUAAGUCACUAACGAGACACCAGUUCCGCCAAAAGUGCCAUCGUCACGUGUCGUCGAGGUGAGGCCACAGCUGUUAUCACGAAGACGCGUCCUGCCAUGCGUUACUUAAUGGAAAUUAAUCUGGAAACAGAAAAGUGAAACUUUUCUUAAAAAUGUGAAAAAUCCGAAAUUUUACGAAUCUGAAACUCGCCCCUAGUAUAAAGAAACUGACGGUGACAGCCCAAUUUAGAAAGUGAAUUGAAAGUUAAUGAACACCACGUGUCAACAAUAAACAAUACCCAAGUUCUAUAGGGCAAGUUCCUGUGUGAACCCAGAGUAACUAUUAACAUCCUGUUUCUUUUCCUGAAUAUUAAGCACCAAAACAAUACGUUUCCUCUCAACGUUCAAAUACUCUGGUUAUUCUUUCGUACCAAAAAUAAAGUAAUGAUUUGGCGACUGUUGACCUGCCACUCGCAAUGAAAUCCCGAGCUGAAUGUAUUGUUGUAACCAGGUCUACACACAAGCCGAUGUCACAGUGAGUGAACCUCUUGUCAACCAGACCCUGUUAAGUUGAAACGGAUUUGUAUUUUCAGUUGUUUGCCCGCACCUUGGUUUCAUCCAGCUCUGCCAAAUACGUAAAGUUGUAUUCACAUUUUCUUUUGUCAUUUCUUGCAAAAUGCGAUUAAUAAAAAUAAUGUAAUAUAUAAAA